AUGGAACCACGGCGCGAGACGCCUACUGACGAGGUGUCAUCCACCUCAAAGGGAGUCACUGAUGGAUAUGCCACAUUAAAAUAUCAGUUAUUAGGUCCCUCCUUGACAAAAGCAGGUCAGGAUGCGGUUGACCAGCAGAAGGUAUCGGAAAUUAUAUACAACGCUUCUAAAGGAUCGAAAUUCUUUAAUCAUGAGCAAAACCGCGACCGGAUUCUAACGGAAAAGAUUGAGCGUAUCUUAAAAGAGAAGGCCCGUCUUGAAAAUCUAGAUCUGUCUCACGACCUACGGAGGGCGGAUCAGCUUCUAGAUGAAUUGGAACUCAGUCGAGACUUGUCGCAAUACAUUGUCCACGUCGACUGCGAUGCUUUCUUUGCUGCAGUCGAAGAACUGGACCGGCCGGAAUUGAAAACCGUUCCUUUUGCUGUGGGCAAAGGGGUCUUAACUACCUGUAAUUAUGAGGCUCGAAAAUUCGGCUGCCGAAGUGGGAUGGCCUCAUUCGUAGCCAUGAAAUUGUGUCCGCAGCUCAUCUGCCUGCCUAUAAACCACCAGAAAUACAGUGCCAAGGCGCAGGAAAUCCGGGCUAUUUUCGCCCAAUACGACCCGCUCUUCGAAAGUGCUAGUAUAGAUGAGGCGUACUUGAAUAUAACCGCCUAUUGCACAGAAAACCAAAUCGACCCAGAAGAUGCUGUUAAUCGCAUGCGAGCGGAGGUAUUGGAGCAAACGAAAAUCUCGGUGUCUGCUGGCAUCGCAGCUAAUGCAAAGAUCGCCAAGAUCGCAUCCAACCGCAACAAACCAAACGGUCAGUUUCGUGUCCCCAACGAUAGAGAUGCCAUUCUGGAAUUCAUGAAGGAUCUCCCGGUGCGAAAAGUCAACGGUGUGGGUCGAGUGUUUGAACGUGAGCUGGAUGCAGUUGGAAUUAAAACCUGCGGCGAUAUUUAUUCUCAACGCGCACUGUUGGCCAAGCUGUUCGGUGAGAAGGCAUUUCAUUUUUUGGCUCAAUGCUACCUUGGAUUGGGGAGAACAAAGAUCCAGCCGGUGGAAAACUAUGAGCGAAAAAGUGUCGGCACUGAGAGCACUUUCAAUGAAAUGGGGGGUAAGGAAGCCCUUAGAGAAAAACUCUGGGCGAUUGCUCAGGAACUCGAGAAAGACUUGACUCGGACUGAGUUCAAGGGUCGUACAUUGGUGCUUAAGGUGAAGUUGGCCACAUUUGAGGUUCUCUCCCGACAGUGCCAACCACCAAAAGCGGUGUUUCUGGCCAAAGACCUCUAUACGUUCUCCCUCCCAAUGCUAGAAAAGCUCGAGAAGGAGAUACCCAACAUGAGACUGCGUCUCCUCGGCCUUCGCUGCACCAAUUUGGUAAGCACUAAAAAAGGAGGAAUUGACUUCUUCGGUUGGGCCACGCGUUCCAAACCUACUGUCGAGUCGACUUCGGACGCAGUUGAACAAGAGAUCAGUGCGGAAGAAGCAUUUGAGAGAGCUGCUCGCCAGGAGAUACAGGAGGACAUGAACGACCUUGAGAAGCUCAGCCAGGAAGUGUCUGAGCCCAACGAAGUUGAUCAGUCUGAAAAGGACCCUGCCACCCCGUCUGAACCACAGCCUACAUAUUGGGAUUGCCCAGUUUGUUCAAAACCACAGGUUGCGGAUGACCGAGCAUUCAAUGAGCACGUCGACUAUUGUCUCUCAAAACAAACCAUUAAGGAAGCCAUACAAGGAGCUUCGCAGGAUGCCGAGCCUGUCCCACCGAAACCGCGAAAGAGGAAGAGCACGUCGCAGGAGCCUGUUGACCCGCGCCAAAAGCGACUGUUCUUCACAUGA